UCCAUUUCUAAUAGAACAGUUCACUACCUAUACAUUUACCCACAAACCAUACUCUGCUAAAGUCGCUCGAGGUCGACAAAUUAACGGAUUAUAAGAUUGAAACCACAAGAGAUCCCAAUCUUUCCGUUUUCGACUCCUGGUUUUUAGUUCAACCCACAACUUAUUUGCAACUUGCAGUUUUAAAAUUAGAAAGUCAAUGGUGGUUUCUUCACUUCCGCUUUGGACAGAAAGGCUGUUUCUGAACUUGAACCCACGAGCACUAGGUGGGAAUGGAGCAACCUCUCUAUAAAGCUUCAUUGAAUAUUUCUUUAAAGCUCCAUUAUGGGUUCAACCUUCAGAAUCAACGAAGACUAUUCCGAAGAAGCAAAGAUGUUCCGGUAUGGGAUUCUGACCCUACUUUUUGUUUCUUCUCUAUUUGUUACAGUUCAAUCUACAGAGCUAAGCUCUGUCACUGAUAUUGAGGCCUUGAAGGCCUUCAAGGAUUCAGUCACCCAUGAUCCAUUUGGAACACUGGCAAGCUGGAUCGAUGCUAAUCAUUACUGCAACUGGUCUGGCAUUGUUUGUGAUGCAUCUAACCAUGUCAUUUCUAUAUCUCUGCUAGCGAUGGAACUCCAAGGCAAGAUCUCUCCAUUCCUGGGAAACAUUUCGAGCCUCCAGGUUCUUGAUUUAUCCUCAAAUUCUUUCACAGAGUCCAUUCCUUCUCAGUUGGGUCUUUGUUCAAAGCUCACCCAAUCGAUCUUCUUCAACAAUUCUUUGUCUGGCACAAUCCCAAAGGAAUUAGGAAACCUCAGAAACCUGCAGGUAUUGGAUUUCGGGAAUAAUUUGUUAGAUGGAGAUAUCCCUGAAAAGGUUUGCAACUGCACUACUUUGACUGCACUUAGCUUCAACACCAACAACUUCAGUGGCACAAUCCCAUCUUGCAUUGGUAAUUUGGUUAAUCUUCAGGUUUUUGUAGCUUAUACAAACAACUUGAGAGGUUCUAUACCAGUUUCAAUUGGUAGGUUAUCUGCUUUGCAAAGUUUAGAUUUGAGUCAAAACCAGUUUUCUGGGAAAAUACCUUCUGGGAUUGGGAACUUGACCAACUUACAAUACCUCUCAUUUUUUGAGAAUCUUUUGAGUGGGGAAAUCCCUCCUGAAAUAGGGUAUUGCCACAAGCUUUUGGAGCUGGACCUGUACAGCAAUGCACUCAAUGGAAGCAUUCCUUCUCAGUUUGGAGAACUAGUCAACAUAGAAGCAUUAAGGUUGUUUGACAACCAUUUAUCCUCAACAAUCCCUGCCUCUAUAUCCCAAUGCAAAUCAUUAAUUCAUCUAGGCCUUUCACGUAAUGAGUUAACUGGAAGAAUACCUUCCGAGCUUGGAUCUUUGGCUUCAUUACAAGUUCUCACUCUGUUCUCUAAUAACCUGACGGGCGGGAUCCCUUUGACAUUGUUGAACUUGCAAAACUUAUCAUAUCUGCACUUGGGCAUGAAUUCCCUUGGAGGGGAGAUCCCUUCCAACAUUGGUUCCCUCUAUAAGCUGCAGAAAUUGUUCUUAUAUGGCAACCAACUAGAGGGCCCAAUCCCAUCAGAGAUUGGCAAUCUAAGCUUGUUGGUCACAUUACAACUUGGUUUAAAUAGAUUUUCAGGUAGCAUUCCUCCUACAAUAUCAAAGUUAUCAUCCCUUCAAGGACUUUCCCUGCCUGGGAAUAACCUAGAAGGUGUAAUUCCUGA